AUGAGGGAUUUACUGGAGUUCAUGUUGCAGGGAAGUAACUUUUCACAAGUUCAGCUGGGUGCCUUCUUACACACUGCCGAAGCCCUUAAGAUCAGGGGCCUGGCCGAGUCCUCUGAUGAACGCAAAGAACAGGGAGGGUUAAACAGCAUAUCUCCCUUAUCAGCCCUAAAGUCCUCCCUGAGUGGAUUGGGCAACAUUGCAAUGGGUGGCUUAGGUGCACCAUCAAUUCUAGAGAGGCCUCUAGUGCCCCAGCUGUUACCUCACCAUCCAGACAAACAAGGAAACCCCCUGACAGCGCCUCACCACCUGCCCCCCCACCUGGUGCCUCCUCCUCUAUCCCUGCCAGGCGGCACCCAUCCAACGCCAUCACAAGGGGUGACUGGCGGUCCCACCAGUAGCAGCAGCAGUAGCAGCACGAGCUGCAGUGUGACCGGCAUACCCUCGGGACCUCUCCCCCUAACCACAACCUCGCAGCCCAGCGAGCGCCCUCCCCGCCCAGAAGCGCCAGAACACUCUCCCUCGCCGCCCCCUCCCUUGCCUCCCAGCAAAAGGAUCCGUGUGGAGAGGAAGAGCCCACUUGACCCUCCCCCUGAAAAGAACAACCACAGAGACUCUACCAACGGCACUACCUCCUCUUCUACCCUAACCACCACUACAACCACUCUGUCUACUGAAGAAAAUAGCCAAACUGUACUCAAGGUGAGAAUUGGAUGCUGUCUUUUGCAUAAAUGGGUUGCAGGGCAAAGUGGCAGGCAUUUCAUUUUGUUGGAUUUUAGCACUUUGUUUUUGUUUGUGUUGUUAGAGGCUUAGAAAUUACUGUUGUCUUCAAGUUUGUUCAUAUCAGUUGAUUUUUUUUUAGCCUUUAUAAUACAGGAUCAUGAUUUUCAUUGAUCUAAGGAUUUUGUUUGUAUUGAGGGAUAUUUUGAUAGUAAUGAAUGUUUGUUCAAGUAUUCUGUAUUACUGAGAAUAUUGCACUGAUAAUUUUGUUUUAUAACAAUGAAUUAUUGCUUUGCUGCUUGCUUAACCUCUUAGGCAGUCAUUGUCUGGUGGCACUCCAACUAAAAAGCAAAUGAUAUUAAAAGAAGAAAAGGUCAUAAGUAUUUCAGUUUUAUGAUUUAAUAGAAGAAAAUGCCAAUUUCAACCAUGUUUUUCUCAGCACCAAAUCAGAACAAAGGCCAGCUGAACUUGGUAACUAAUGACUAUAGAUAAUCAUUAAAACGGAAGAAAAAAAGGU